CGCAAAGCCGUUAUUGUAUUACAUGCUAGCACACCUUCCUGUUCUAUAUUACUGCCUGUUAACGUAAGCUGCUUAGUUUAACUACUGCGAACGUGGUUACUAGGCCGAACCGGGUCACCCCUGCUUUGGCACUUACUUUCCUUGUAUGUAACCUUCAGUAAGUAUUCAAAAUGGGCUCCAGUUUCAGCAGUUGUGUGGAGCCAGGGCCUGUCUUCGCGCUGUUCCAGGCCGUAAGGCAAGGCGAUCUCCAAGCCAUCAAGUUCCGGUUGAAUCUUGAUCCUGAACUCCUCAACUACCGCAAUCUUGGCGACCGGGACACUGUGUGGCACCUGGCGGCCAGCUCCGGCUCCGAAACCGUGCUGGCGGUGUUGCAUGAGGCGGCACAGGCGGCGGCCGAGCAGCAGGGGCAGCGGCAGCAGGGGGGGACUGAGGGGCGGCGAGUCGCUUCGGUCAACUGCCGAAACGGCAAGGGAC